AUGCAGUUCACCGUCGCUUCCUCUCUGGCCCUUCUGGCUGGCCUUGUUCACGCCGUGCCAUUGGCCAACAACACUCCUUCAACUCGCCACUUCGACGGUGCUUGCACAGCAGAUAAGCUUACGAUCCGAAAAGAAUGGCGCAACAUGAACCCGACCGAGAAGCACGACUUUCUUGAUGCCCAGAACUGUUUGAUGCAGCUGCCCGCCAAGACCAACCUCGGCGGAGUCACGAACCGGUGGCGCUGGGCCCUGCACCGCUGGCUGACGAACGCCACCGUGUUGGACGGCUACCUGGCACCUUCAUGGCAGGGUGUUAUCCCAAACGGAAUCUACGUUGCCGACAUCAUUCACGAUGUUGGCCAAUUUCUCCCCUGGCACCGUUACUACAUGCACGCGUACGAGAUGAUGAUGCGCGAUGAAUGUGGCUACAAGGGCACUAUGCCGUGGUGGGAUGAGGCCAAGGAUGCGGACACUGGCGACUUCUUCCAGAGCGAGAUGUGGUCUUCAGAGUGGUUCGGAGGCAACGGCGUUGAAUCUCUGGACUGGUGUGUCACUGACGGUGCCUUCGCUAACUACACCGAGCUCAUGGGCCCUGCGCUUACCGAUACGACUUAUUGCAUGAGCCGUGAGUGGUAUCAGGAUAUUGCCCAAGAGCUGUGCACCAGCGAGGUGGUGAACAAGUCUCAUGCUCUCGAGACCUAUGAAGACUUCUAUGUCUGUGCUGGAAACGCCUUCGUUUCCCCUCACUAUGGUGGACACACAGCCGUCGGCGGCAUUAUGGCUGACAUCCACAUCUCCCCUGGCGACCCGACCUUCUUCCUGCAUCACAACUACAUCGACCGUCUUUGGUGGCAAUGGCAGACGGCCAACGCGCCAGCCCGGUUCUCUGAUAUGAGCGGUCAGGCUUUCAACUCAACCAACCUAGAGGCUCUUGGUCAGACUGGUCCGGCUGGUGGUUGGCCUAAUGCCACCUUGGACUACCCCCUGUGGAUGGCGGAUAUCCUGCCCAACGUCACCAUUCGCGAAGUUAUGAACGUCCAGGGCGGCCUGCUUUGCUACGACUACGACUACUGA